GCUGGGGGAUCCGCCACCUGAAUGGGGAGCGGUGAACAAAAAGAGGAAAAUAAAGGCAGCGGGUGGAGAGCAGCGGCGGCGCGGGCUACGGGUAGGCUCGGUUCCACGCCACCGAAACAGAAGGAAGAAAUGGAGAUGAUGACUGAGAAACAAAGAGAUACCAGGCAUUUCUGGAACAAUACUCCUGAAAAGAGUGAUUAUGAGGCUGUGGAAGCCCUUAUUUCCAUGAGCUGCAACUGGAAGUCAGACUUCAAAAAGCACGCAGAAAUGAGGCCUAUAACUCCAGCAUCUGACAUGUCAGAAGAGAGCGAUGAGACUUUGCUUCCCGGAGCAGCAGACUUCACUGCCAUCCCAGCCUUCUGCCUGACCCCUCCCUACAGCCCUUCUGACUUUGAGAUGUCGCAUCCAGGGGCGGCGGCGCCCACCGCGGCGCUCGGCAGGUCGCUGGCUGAGGCUGCCAAGCCUCCUGCAGCCACGCCUCGGAGGGAGGCAGAGAGGCCUCUGAAAGCUCAAGCCACGAGCGUUAUCCGCCACACGGCCGAUGCCCAGCUCUGCAGUCGCAAAACCUGCCCGGUGAGAACGGCCAGCGUGCUGAAAUACCAGGACGGUGCUGCGAGGGAGGCGAGCGGCAAGCACAGCGCCGAGGCAGAGGGUUCGGGGUGCGCUGUCGCGGCACCAGGCAAAGCCAGAGAGGAGAGCGGGGAGCCGCCGGUGGCAGAAGGCAAACCCGCAGAGCCUGCUGGUGGCGCGGGGCCCGCGGCGAAGCCCUCGGCCGGCACGCAUCAGCCCGGCCCCGGGCUGGCGCAGCAGGCGGCCUUGGUGGCGCCGCUGUGCUCUGGUCAAGGCAGCGGAGCUCCCCCCGUGCCAGUGAUUUGCCAGAUGGUGCCGGUGCCCACAAACAACAACGUGGUGACGGCCGUGGUGCCCAACGCCACGCCGAGCCAGCAGCCGGCGCUCUGUCAGCCCAUGGUCUUCAUGGGCGCUCAAGUUCCCAAAGGUGCUGUUAUGUUUGUUGUGCCCCAGCCGGUUGUGCAGAGCACAAAGGCUCCCAUUAUUAGUCCAAAUGGCACAAGACUCUCCCCCAUUGCCCCUGCUCCCGGCUUCGUACCUUCUGCAGCAAAACCCACUCCUCCAGUCGAUUCCUCCAGAAUAAGAAGCCACAUUUGCAGCUACCCAGGAUGCGGGAAAACAUACUUCAAGAGCUCCCACUUGAAGGCUCACAUCAGAACGCACACAGGAGAAAAGCCGUUUAGCUGCAGCUGGAAAGGCUGCGAGAGGAGGUUUGCCCGCUCUGAUGAACUGUCCCGCCACCGCAGAACACACACCGGGGAGAAGAAGUUUGCCUGCCCGAUGUGCGAGCGGCGGUUCAUGCGGAGCGACCACUUAACGAAGCACGCACGGCGCCACUUGUCGGCCAAGAAGCUGCCGAACUGGCAGAUGGAAGUGAGCAAGCUGAACGACAUCGCCCUGCCGCCGGCGGCCGCCGCCACCGCCCACUGAGGGG